GGCACCACCAACACUACUGCUAUGACACUCACACCAACACCUACUACUUGCGCACCUUCGGCCACAACACGAUGGACGCGGUGCCCAGGAUCGACCACUACCGGCACACGGCCACGCAGCUGGGCGAGAAGCUCCUCCGGCCCAGCCUGGCGGAGCUCCACGACGAGUUGGAAAAGGAACCUUUUGAGGAUGGCCUUGCAAAUGGGGAAGAAAGUACUCCAACCAGAGAUGCUGUGGUCACAUACACUGCAGAAAGUAAAGGAGUUGUGAAGUUUGGCUGGAUCAAGGGUGUACUGGUACGUUGUAUGUUAAACAUUUGGGGUGUGAUGCUCUUCAUUAGAUUGUCAUGGAUUGUGGGGCAGGCUGGAAUAGGUCUGUCAGUCCUUGUAAUAAUGAUGGCCACCGUUGUAACAACCAUCACAGGAUUGUCUACUUCAGCAAUAGCUACUAAUGGAUUUGUAAGAGGAGGAGGAGCAUAUUAUUUAAUAUCUAGAAGUCUAGGGCCAGAAUUUGGUGGUGCAAUUGGCCUGAUCUUCGCUUUUGCCAAUGCUGUCGCAGUUGCCAUGUAUGUGGUUGGAUUUGCAGAAACUGUGGUAGAGUUGCUUAAGGAGCAUUCUAUACUUAUGAUAGAUGAAAUCAAUGAUAUCCGAAUUAUUGGAGCCAUUACAGUGGUGAUUCUUUUAGGUAUCUCAGUAGCUGGAAUGGAGUGGGAAGCAAAAGCUCAGAUUGUUCUUUUGGUGAUCCUGCUGCUUGCUAUUGCUGAUUUCGUCAUAGGAACAUUUAUCCCAUUGGAGAGCAAGAAGCCCAAAGGUUUCUUUGGUUAUAAAACUGAAAUAUUUAAUGAGAACUUUGGACCAGAUUUUCGAGAGGAAGAGACUUUCUUUUCUGUGUUUGCCAUCUUUUUUCCUGCUGCAACUGGUAUUCUGGCCGGAGCAAAUAUCUCAGGUGAUCUUGCAGAUCCUCAGUCAGCCAUACCCAAAGGAACACUCUUAGCCAUUUUAAUUACUACGCUGGUUUACGUAGGAAUUGCAGUAUCUGUAGGUUCUUGUGUUGUUCGAGAUGCCACCGGGAACGUGAAUGACACUAUCGUAACAGAGCUGACAAAUUGUACUUCUGCAGCCUGCAAGUUAAACUUUGACUUUUCAUUUUGUGAAAGCAAUCCUUGUCCAUACGGCCUAAUGAACAACUUCCAGGUAAUGAGCAUGGUGUCAGGAUUUGCACCAUUAAUUUCUGCAGGUAUUUUUUCAGCCACUCUUUCUUCAGCAUUGGCAUCCCUUGUGAGCGCUCCCAAAAUAUUUCAGGCUCUAUGUAAGGACAACAUCUACCCAGCUUUCCAGAUGUUUGCCAAAGGCUAUGGGAAAAAUAAUGAACCUCUUCGUGGCUACAUCUUAACAUUCUUAAUUGCACUUGGAUUCAUCUUAAUUGCUGAACUGAAUGUUAUUGCUCCAAUUAUCUCCAAUUUCUUCCUUGCAUCAUAUGCUUUGAUCAACUUUUCAGUAUUCCAUGCAUCACUUGCAAAAUCUCCAGGAUGGCGUCCUGCAUUCAAAUACUACAACAUGUGGAUAUCACUUAUUGGAGCAAUUCUUUGUUGCAUAGUGAUGUUUGUCAUUAAUUGGUGGGCUGCAUUGCUAACGUAUGUCAUAGUCCUUGGACUGUAUAUUUAUGUUACCUACAAAAAACCAGAUGUGAACUGGGGAUCCUCUACUCAAGCCCUGACUUACCUGAAUGCACUGCAGCAUUCAAUCCGUCUUUCAGGAGUGGAAGACCAUGUGAAAAACUUCAGGCCCCAGUGUCUUGUUAUGACGGGUGCUCCAAACUCACGCCCAGCUUUACUUCAUCUUGUUCAUGAUUUCACAAAGAAUGUUGGCUUAAUGAUCUGUGGCCAUGUACAUAUGGGUCCUCGAAGGCAAGCCAUGAAAGAGAUGUCAAUUGAUCAAAUUAAGUAUCAGCGAUGGCUUAUUAAAAACAAAAUGAAGGCAUUUUAUGCUCCAGUACAUGCAGAUGACUUGAGAGAAGGUGCACAGUAUCUAAUGCAGGCUGCUGGUCUUGGUCGUAUGAAACCAAACACACUUGUUCUUGGGUUUAAGAAAGAUUGGUUGCAAGCAGAUAUGAGAGAUGUGGAUAUGUAUAUAAACUUAUUUCAUGACGCCUUUGACAUACAAUACGGAGUAGUGGUUAUUCGCCUAAAAGAAGGACUGGAUAUAUCUCAUCUUCAAGGACAAGAAGAAUUAUUGUCAUCACAAGAGAAAUCUCCUGGUGCCAAGGAUGUAGUACUAAGUAUGGAGUAUAGUAAAAAAUCGGAUAUAGAUACUUCCAAACAAUGUGAAAAAAUUGUUAAACAGAAAGAUGAGGAAGAGGAUGGCAAGACUCCAACUCAACCACUGUUGAAAAAAGAAUCCAAAGGCCCUAUUGUGCCUUUAAAUGUAGCCGACCAAAAGCUUCUUGAAGCUAGUACACAGUUUCAGAAAAAACAAGGGAAGAAUACUAUUGACGUCUGGUGGCUUUUUGAUGAUGGAGGUUUGACCUUAUUGAUUCCUUAUCUUCUGACUACCAAGAAAAAGUGGAAAGAUUGUAAGAUCAGAGUAUUCAUUGGUGGAAAAAUAAACAGAAUAGACCAUGACCGGAGAGCGAUGGCUACUUUGCUUAGCAAGUUCCGGAUCGACUUCUCUGAUAUCAUGGUUCUAGGAGAUAUCAAUACCAAACCAAAGAAAGAAAAUAUUGCAGCUUUUGAUGAAAUGAUUGAGCCAUACAGACUUCAUGAAGAUGAUAAAGAACAAGAUAUUGCAGAUAAAAUGAAAGAAGAUGAACCAUGGCGAAUAACAGAUAAUGAGCUUGAACUUUAUAAGACCAAGACAUACCGGCAGAUCAGGUUAAAUGAAUUAUUAAAGGAGCAUUCAAACACAGCUAAUAUUAUUGUCAUGAGUCUCCCAGUUGCACGAAAAGGUGCGGUGUCCAGUGCUCUCUACAUGGCAUGGCUAGAAGCUCUGUCUAAAGAUCUACCACCAAUCCUUUUAGUUCGUGGGAAUCAUCAGAGUGUCCUUACCUUCUACUCGUAAACGCUCUUCAUGAUGGACGGCCCUCCUGAGUUGUGCUUCAGUGCCUAAUGAAGUGACUGAAAUCUUCAAUGACAUGUUAACAUCACAAUGGCGAACUGUGACUUUUCUUUCACUAUUUCAUUAAUUUGAAAGCACAGGAAAGUUACUCCAUUGAUAUGUGUAUGGAGACUUCAGUUUUAGUCAGUUCCAAUAUCUCUGUCUUAAUGAAUGGUGAUCCUUUCUUGGACUAAAGUACAGUAAGAGUAAAGUUUUCCUUUGCUACUUGAAUAGCAAUAAAAAUGUGUUAUUUUUGAUUGAUGAAAGGAGUACAAAAAGCCUUUAGCCUUGAGGUGCCUUCUGAAAUUAACCAAAUUUCAUCCAUGUAUCCUCUUUUAUAAAUUUAUAGAAUGUCAAACUUUGCCUUCAGCUUUUACUUUUAUUUCUAGUCUCUCCCACCUGAAAGCAAAAUAGAAACUGCUUUUCUUCUUUCAUUGACCAAUUAGCAUUGAGUACUGUAUGUUUUCUAUUACUUUUUAAAAGGUAUCUGUUAGAUAUUAAAGGUGAGAAUUAGGGCAGGCUAAUGAAACAGUGGGGGAAAAUGGUAACCACAGAACAACCCUAAGAUCAGGUUUGUAUGAAUAUCUGUAAAUGUAAAAUGUAGAAAUAGGGAAAAAAUGGCCCCAAAUACCCUUUUUUUAAUCCCUCUGAUGGGCUGUUAUGUCUAUCUCUAUUGUUAUUUCUUAGGGAAGGUUGAAGACUUAAACAGUACUUCUGUAUACCAUGCGGAAAAAGUCUUUUUUUUUCUUGUCAUUCUUUAAAUAUUCUCAAGAUCAUUUGUAUUUAUUUCAAGAGAGAUCUGUCCUAAUUUAGAAUUUUCCUCAAAUUUGAGGGAUUUAUAAGAAAUACUAACAGAUGUUUCUAGAGGAAAUUUAGAUAAAGCAAUGUCAUUUACUAGAUAGAAUAUUUCAAUAAUCACUGUGUGGAAUUUCACUACACUGUACCAUCCUUUGUAAAUCAUUCAAAUAAUAUUUCAUCAAAUGGUUAAAUGGACCACUGGUUUCUUAGUGAAAUGUUUUUAGGCCUCAUUCAAUUGUCAAGUACACUUAGUCUUAAUACACUCAGGUUUGAACAGAUUGUUCUGGACAUUUAAAUUUAAUCCAUUCUUAAUACUUUAAAACAUUUGUGUUAAGAAAAACUGCCAGUUUGUGCUUUUGAAAUGUCUGUUUUGACAUCCUUCUACUAGUAACAAUUUUGACAGUGCAUAUGUACUGUCCUAAAAGCUUUAUAUACAAUUAUUAAUGUGAAAUUUUUUUAUUUUUAAUUCAAGGAAGGAUUUCCUAAAAACAUUUCAAGGGAUUUAUGUCUACAUGUAUGUAUGUGUGUGUGUGUAAUUUAUAUGCAUACACAGAUGCACAUGUGUAUAUAUAAUGAAAUUUAUGUUGCUGGUGUUGCAUUUUAAAGUGAUCAAAAUUUAUUAGUGUAAAAUGUUUUUGUUUGUUUUAGUACACAUAAGUUCAAAAUCAGAUUGACAGAUAAUAGGUUUGGUGGAGAACAGAGGUGACCAUUUGAAGGCAUGCUGUCUCUUCCCACAACUCUUCAGUUCAACCAUGGAGAGCAUUUUGUCCAGAGUGCGUUUCAGUGGGUUCAUUGGUUUCAGUGGGGGAGAACUUUUGCGGUUCAUGAAUCUUCCAAAGAAAUCUGUGAUAUUAUUAUUAUAUUCAGUGGUGCAGUAUUUUUGCUGCAUGAUUAUGAACUAAGUUCAUGUAAGUCGAAGAUCCAAUAACACUGAAUUCAGAACAUUAAGGUAAUAAGUAACUGGUUUUCCUACAUUAUAGUGUAGCUCACAGCGUUGUUCCAUUUAUCACAGGUUUGGCAGUGUUCUGGGGAAAUGACGGUAGAAGUGUCAUUAUUCAAUAGACGAUAUCACAUGUGAACUUUUUAAACGGACAGUAGGGCGUAGAUUGAGUGCUGCUAUCUUGAAAUGUGCACAGGUACACUUAUUUUUUGUUUUUUAUUGUUUUAGUUUUUCCCAUUCAGGAAAACAUCAUUGUGAUCUAUACUACAGGAACCAAAUGUCAUGUGUCAUACAUACAUGUGUGUAUAAAGUACAUAAAAUGUAUCUAAAUAUACAUAACACGGGGAGGGUAACAUUGUGAAAUAAUGUAAGAUGCUUUUCACUUAAAAAAAAAAUGGAUGCAUUACUUUCACUUAACACUAGACACCAGGUCAAAAAUUCUCAGAGUUGUAAUGCUCUAAUAAAUUUUUACAAUUAAUUCUUAGAUACGCUUACUAGUGUUGAUGCUACCUAUUUUAUUUAUGCUGAAUUUUGAUGAUCUUAAUGCCAAAAUUUUUUUAGUUCUGAUUAUUGAUGAUUCCUUAGAAAUUAUGCGAUGACAUUUGACAGUUCACUAUUCCUACAGGUAAGAAUUCAAUGGGUUUAGAGAGAAUGGAGGUGUAAGCUGAUUAGCAGUUCAUUAAAUCGGAUAUUUAUUUGUUACAUUAUUUCGUUUGUAUUUUAGGCUUCCUUUCUUUUUAUAUGCUUUCUGACAUUACAUAUUUUUUAAAACUAUGGAAAUAAUUUAAAGAUUUGAGCUCUGGUGGAUGAUUAUCUACUAAGUUUGAAAAUGUAAUAUUUUGAUAUACAGUACUGUAACUGUCACAUAAAUGCUUUUCUAAUGUUUUAACUUUUGAGUAUUGCAGUUGCGGCUUUGUACAGAGGUUACUGCAAUAAAGGAAGUGGAUUCAU